AAUAUAGUCGAAAACAUGAGUAAGUUAGGAUUUUCUGUUGUCGUGUUUUUUAGUUGCUGUUGUUAUAUUUGAAGUUCCACCUUCUUCCUACAAUCUUUCUGCAACUAAACAGGGCAUUGGCCAAUGUCUCAUUAAAACUUUUUCAUAAGGUUUGUUAUGAAAUGCAACCAGAAAGUUGGCAGGGUUUCUGUAGCUUGGCUCUUUAAUUUAGAACUAGGAUUUCCCACGAUUGAUGUAGAUGGGCUAAGAAUUAUGGGUAGAAAAAGGGUCUGGAUUUUUCUUCUUGGCAGCAGCCUUUUAGAGGAAUUCAGGAUGCUUAAAUUAGAUUUUACCGUGGGAAAGCGUAGGAAAUAUUUGAAUUCUAUCAAGGCUUUAUAGGGGUCUCACCUUGAAGAAUUUUAAGGAGUCUCACCUAGGGCGUAUAACAAACACAUCUUGGAACCUAGUGUAGUCACACAGCAAUGACCUGUAGAUAUAUAAUAUUGAACUUUCACAGGAUGUGUAGCUUUCCAAGAGACUAGAUUUUUUUACCAAAUCGAAGCUAUAAUAUUCAUUUGAAAUAUUUGAUAGCCUUAGCAAGAGAGUAAUAAUGCUCUAGAAUUUAGUUAUCAAGAAACGGGGGUGUAUACCGCAAUGAUUUUGAAAUAUUCAAUCUUUAUCAAAUGAUAUUCUAUAAUAUGUCACAUAGCAUUUCUCUGAGGAAGUAAAGGUGCGAUCUUGAGUGAAGGAAGAGAGAAGAAUAGAAGAGUUGAGUUCGGAAGUUUCAGUUGCGUGGCAACUUGUGAGUGUGUUGCUGAAAGGUGCGGUCCAGCUGGGCUUCUAGAUGGGCUGCUAUGCGAUUAUUGGGGAAAGUGGCAGUUGUCACGGGUGGAGCCACUGGUAUUGGAGAGAGCAUUGUGCGCCUAUUCCACAAACAUGGUGCAAAAGUUUGUAUAGUUGAUUUGCAGGACAACCUUGGCCAGCAUGUCUGUGAUACCCUUGGUGGUGAACCAAACACUUUCUAUUUCCAUUGUGAUGUUACCAAAGAAGAUGAUGUUUGCCGUGCAGUUGACUUCACCGUCGAUAAAUUUGGUACACUUGACAUCAUGGUCAACAAUGCCGGGGUAUCGGGCUCACCAUGUUCCGAUAUCCGUAAUGCAGAUAUAUCAGAGUUUGAGAAGAUAUUUGAUAUAAAUGUGAAGGGGGUCUUCCUUGGAAUGAAACAUGCAGCUCGGAUUAUGAUCCCGUUAAAGAAGGGUUCAAUAGUUUCUCUGUGCAGUGUUUCAAGUGCCUUAGGGGGCAUAGGCUCCCAUCCCUACACAGGGUCCAAGCAUGCUGUGUUGGGGCUCACCAAGAACGUUGCAGCUGAGCUGGGACUACAUGGCAUUCGUGUCAACUGUGUUUCUCCUUAUGCGGUUCCGACGGGCUUGGCUUUAGCUUACUUGCCUGAGGAGGAGAGGACUGAGGAGGCCGUGGAAGGAUUUCGUGCUUUUGUUGGGAAGAAUGCUAACUUGCAGGGGGUGGAGUUGACUGCUGAUGAUGUGGCUAAUGCCGUGCUCUUCUUAGCAAGCGAUGAAGCAAGAUAUGUAAGUGGGGAUAAUCUCAUGGUUGAUGGGGGCUUCACUUCCUCAAAUCACUUACUUCGGGUCUUUAGAUGAUGCAUGACAUUCAACAGGUUUGCUGCCUUGCUUCAAUGGCUGUUGGAAGCUUGAUAACUGUGGUCUUCCUGGUGGACAGAUCAACUAGUAAGAUGUUUAAUUGGGUAUUUCUCCAUAGAUAGUUGCUUUGGAUUUCACAUUGUUGUAGAUUGAACCCGAAUAUUGGACACGGAUUGUAACUUGUGUAAUUUGAAAUAGAAAUACAUUUCACAAUGGACUUGAACAAUUUUUUUUCGACUUUUUAAACUAUUUUUGGCUGUAGUUUUUUGUUUAGAACUGGGUGACAAUCAUCAAUUUUAUUAUUAUUAUUAUUUUUUUU